AAGUACCAGACAAAACCCCAGCUAUUUGGAGGAGAUACAAAAGAUGGAGGUUUAUUUCCUCCUCCUUUGUCAGUUGGAAAAUCAAAAAGCCUCUUGGAACAGUUUGAGGAGAAAAAGAAAAGGGUAAAAGACAAAUGUGACAGGUAUGUAAACCUUUCAAGUGGAUGAGUCAACUCAUUUUUUUUCUGAGCAAGAUAGGACAUAGAGUGUCAGUAAUCUAAUUCAAUUUUAGCAUAAUAGCAUGUAUUAGAGUUCUCCAGAGAAACCAAACCCUAGGACUUAAACACACAGAGAGAUAGAGAGAGAGAGAGAGAAAGAGAAAGAAAGAGAAUUAUAGACUGAUUUUUUUUUUAGACGGAGUCUUGCUGUGUCACCAGGCUGGAGUGCACUGGCACAAUCUCAGCUCACUGCAACCUCCACCUCCCAGGUUCAAGCUAUUCUCCUGUCUCGGCUUUCCAAGUAGCUGGGACUACAGGUGCACACCACCACACCCAGCUAAUUUUUGUAUUUUUAGUAGAGAUGAUGUUUCACCCUGUUGGCCAGGAUGGUCUUGGUCUCUUGACCUCGUGAUCUACCCGCCUCUGCCUCCCAGAGUGCUGGGAUUACAGGCGUGAGCCACCAUACCCAGCCUAUAGAUUGAUUUAUUUUAAGAAUUGUUCAUGAGAUCAUGGAGGCUAAGAAGUCCCAAAGUCUGCCAUCUGUAAGCUAGAGAACCAGGAAAGAGAGUGGUACAAUUCAGUCUGAUUCCAAAGGCCUGAGAACCAGGAGCUCUGAUGUCCAAGAACAGAAGUUGGAUGUCCCAGAUGAAGAAGAGGGAAUUUGCACUGCCUUUGCCUUUUUGUUCUAUUUGGACCUUCAAAAGAGUGGAUGAUGCCCACCCACACAGGUUGAACGAGACAUCUACGUUGGCGGUCUCGGGGACUCCCGCAGGUCGGUAGCCCCCCGGCAGAUGUGCCGGACCCCAACAUAUGUGCAGGUUUGUUACAUAGUUAAACUCUUGUUACGGAGGUUUGUUGUACAGAUUAUUUCAUCACUCAGGUACUAAGCGUAAUACCCAAUUGUUAAUUUUUUUCUGAUCCUCUCCCUCCUCCACCCUUCACCUCAACUAUGGCCCAAUAUCUGUUGAUUUUCUCUUCAUGUCCUUGAGUUCUAAUCAUAUAAUGUAUGAAUUCUUUUUUUUUUUUUUUGAGACAGUGUCUCUCUCUGUCACCCAGGCUGGAGUGCAGUGGCACAAUCUUGGCUCACUGCAACCUCUACCUCCCAGUUCAAGUUAUUCUCCUGUCUCAGCCUCCUGAGUAGCUAGGAUUACAGGCAUGCACCACCACACCUGGCUAAUUUUUUAUUUUUAAUAGAGAUGGGGUUUCACCAUGUUGGUCAGGCUAGUCUUGAAUUCCUUGUGAUCUGCCCACCUCAGAUUCCCAAAGUGCUGGGAUUACAGGUGUGAGCCACUGAGUCCGGCCCUCUUUUUUUUUUUAAAUUUUGAUGGUGUCUUGCUCUGUCGCCCAGGCUGGAGUAUAGCGGUGCGAUCUCAGCUCAAUGCAACCUCCACUGCCUGGGUUCAAGUAAUUCUGGUGCCUCCCUAGUAGCUGAGAUCACAGGCACAGGCCCCCAUGCCUGGCUAGUAUUUUUGUAGUUUUAGUAGAGAUGGGAUUUCACCAUGUUUGCCAGGCUGGUCUUGACCUCAGGUGAUCCACGGGCCUUAACCUCCCAAAGUGCUGGGAUUACAGGAAUGAGCCACCGCGUCUGGCCUGUGUCUGAGUCUUUUUAAGAACAGGAUGUAUAGUUGAGGAAUAACUGUAAUAGCUUAUUUUUCAUUAGAAAUUAAUAUUUUCAUAUUAAUAUUUAUACAUAAAUAUGUAUAUAAAUAUGGACUUUAAAAAGAAAAAAGUUAUUUGCCUUAGCAGUGGUCAUAGGAAGUCUGUGUUCUCUCUCUCUCUUUUUCUUUACCCUGCUUGGCACUAAGGUUUCUUAGGGUCAAGUCUCCAAAUCUACUCAAGCAAUGUUUUGAUGCUAUGCUAGGUAGAGGUCUGCCAUAUUCAUGGAAUGAUUUCUGUAACUUAUCACUUCGAUAUUUCACAAAGAUUUGUUUUCUUUUUUCCCCCCUAUUCUAGUGAGACUCUACACAACUUCGUUUCUCAUGUUAGAGAAAGCAUUCACAGGUUGCAGACAUCUGUGGAAAAGUCAGAGGAACAUCUCAGUUCAAGAAGCCAAUCUAUUUUGGAUUCUUUAGAGACUGUGGCCAAGACAUUACAAGAGACUGUGCAGGCCCAGAAUGAACUGGUGUUUGAGGCAGUGCAGGACAAAGGCAACAUGGAGCAGGCCAUCCUUGAGAUGAAGAAAAGAUUUGAAGUGAGACAAGCAGAGUUCAUAGAAAUGAAGUCCAACCUCAAGCACCUUGAAGUUUUAGUUGCUCAGCAGAGUAAGGAACUCCAGCAGCUGUGUGAGCAACUAGGCCAGCUGAAUGUGCCCAGUGUCCUAGCAGAGCUGAAGAGAUUGAUCUUAGUGCCUCUAGUACCUGGGCGUGUGAAAGACAGUGCUUCUCAAACAUCGCCACCUUUGGCCCAGAGCCUCAAUCUCACCAGGCAGGAAAAACACACCUCUGAGGAACCAGUUUUAUGGCAGGCCCAGACCCUCCCUGCUGCAUGGAAUCCUAGUAUGGGCUCCCUACAGCCUGGAGAAUUUGGCGUCUGGGGUGAAGGAGCAAAGAACGAUGCUCUCCAAGAAGAGGCUGCACUGCCAGCAUUUGGAUCCCAUGAAAGAAAUAGGCACGUAAAGGACAAGGCAGUACAGACUAACUGCAAGAACUGGGCUAUUACUAAAACAGGUGCCAAGAACCAUGGUUUCAGCAUCCCAGGCCAUAAGGUUCCUAGUGACAGGGACCUGGUUUCCCAAGGAGCCUCACAGCUCACAUCCCUGGAAAUAAACAGCAUUUCAACCAGCACUAAGAAUGCCUGCCAAAAAUAUCAAGCCCAAAGUAUGUUUUCGUGUGACCCAUGUCCAUGUGAACAGCUGGUGACUAAACAGAAAGAUGGGACUGUAGAAGUGAGGGGGAAAGGCAAGAAGCAGCAGCCCAGGAAGGCCCACAGGGCCCACAGAGGCAAACUCCUAGCCAGGAAGCAAAAACAAAUCCCAAACCAGACCUGUACAUUCAAUUCCAAAUAUCAGAGUCCUCAGCCUGCAGUUUCUGACCCACAAAGCCCUCUCUUCAGGCAGCAGGAACCCCUUGCUCAGCCUCUGCAUCUGCAGUAUCCCAAGAGCCCUAGAAAACCAGUCUGCCCUAUUCUGGGAGGAACAAUCAUGCCCAAUAAGACAAUAAGGGCAGUUCAGGGAAGACACUUACAGCUCAGCAGGUGCUCUUCCCAAGACAACAGGCGACUUUCCAGCAGUCCCCAAGGGGACCACCAGAUGAGCUGGUUCAGUGACCUCAAUCUUGGAUGUUCAGAGACCCCUCUAUGCAAGGAGACAGGGAAUAAUUUGCUCUAUGACCUGGGUUUUGAUAGUAGUGAUGAUGGCUUCUGACCAGCCCACACUUAGUUUAUUGGUCUCAGCUAGAAAGACAAACUGCAGAACAUUUGGUCUGGCCAACAGCAGAAAGUCCCUGAAGCCUGCCAAGGACCCUCAGGGUCAGAGGCCCUACUGAGGAGGGGUCACUGGGGGGCAGGGGCAAGGGAAGGUCCAGCACUCUGGGUACCAGGUGCUGCCCAUGACAAGGACAUAGGGUUAAGUGCAUCCUUAUUUAUUGGAAUGAAAUGUAAAAAUGGUGGUGAUGAGAGCUGAGGCAGCAGCCUAGUGGUGGGGGCAUCUGGAGGAGGGUGCUUGUACUUGGCGAAAGGCAGGCAGGCAUCCUUAUGGAAUACUGUGUAGCAGAAGGACUCUCAAAAAACUGUAGCUGUAGCAGCAUGACUCCAAACAACAUUUUUGGGUCUUUAAAAUAUUCCCUACACAUAACCAAUACAUUUUCAGGCCUUGGGAUUUUUUUUUCUUUAUUUUUAGCCACUUAUGCUGCCAGAAUGCUUGCAUUUUUUGAUCAGUAGACAUAUUACAGGACACCCUAAAUCUUCCUGUGAACAGAGAAAGAGUGAUAAGGCUGCCAGUGAAAGAGGUGACAUGCACUAACAAAUGUCCAGAGCAUCACUGCUCACAAGCCAUUUUUCCUCCUGGCUGUUUUUUCCCUUGUUCUGUUUUUCAAGCACUCUUAAACUAUUAAUAGUGCAGACCUUGUAUUAUUCCUGAAGAGCAGUGGGCUUAUAUGGGACUUUGGCUUUCCAUUUAUAUCUUGCUGAAGUUGUUUGUUGUUGUCAUUGUUAGUUUUGUUUGUUUGUUUUUUGAGAUGGAGUCUCACUGUUGUCAGCCCACCCAGGCUGAUGCAAUGGCAUGAUUUCGGCUCACUGCAACUUCAGUCUCCUGGGUUCCAGCAAUACUCCUGCCUCAGUCUCCUGAGUAGCUGAGAUUAUAGGCGCCUGCCACCAUACCUGGCUAAUUUUUGUAUUUUUAGUAGAGACGGGGUUUCAUCAUGUUGGCCAGGCUGGUCUUGAACUGCCCUCAGGUCAUCCACCCACCUCAGCCUCCCAAAGUGCUGGGAUUACAGGUGUAAGACACCAUGCCCAGCCUAUUUAAAAAAGUUAUUUUUUUCAAUUUUGGUAGCACAUAUAUAUUUUUUAAUAAUCAGAAAUAAAGAUAAAACAUUUAAAAACAUAUAUAUGUAUAUAUGUGUGUGUGUGUGUGUGUGUGUGUAUAUAUAUAUAUAUAUAUAUAUAUAUAUAUAUUUUUUUUUUUUUUCCCCCCCAAAGAUGCAGUCUUGCUCUGUCACCCAGGCUGGAGUGCAGUGGUGCUAUCUCAGCUCACUGCAAUGUCUGCCUCCCCAAUUCAAGCAAUUUUCCUGCCUCAGCCUCCCAAGUAGCUGGGAUUACAGGUGCCUGCCAACACACCCAGCUAAUUUUUGUAUUUUUAGUAGAGACGGAGUUUCACCAUGUUGGCCAGGCUGGUCUCGAACUCCUGACCUCGUGAUCUGUCUGCCUCAGCCUCCCAAAGUGCUGGGAUUAUAGGCGUGAGCCACUGCUCCCGACCUAUUUUUUCUUUCAAGUUUAUCAAACUUAUGUCUCAGUUUAAUAUUUUAAGUUUACCUAAGAAAUCAAAUAGAAGCCACGCACAGUGGUUCACACUUGUAACCCCAGCACUUGGGGAGGCUGACUCAGGAGGAUUGCUUGAGGCCAAGAGCUCACACCAACCUGGGCAACAUGGUGAGACACCAUCUUUUAAGAAAAAAAAAAAAAAAAGAUCAGCUGGACGUGGUAGUGUGUACCUGUGGUCUCAGCUACUUGGGAGGCUGAGAUGGGAGGGUCACUUUAGCCCAGGAAUUCGAGGUUGCAGUGAAUUAUGACUGUGCCACUGCACUCCAGCCUGAGUAACAGACCAAGACCCUGUCUCUUAAAAACAAAAAUCAGAUACAUACCAUCUUUUUAGUUCCUAAAGCUCUCACAAGAUGAGUUUCAAUAAACACCACCCAUUCAAACUGGUUUUUCCUUUUCCUGUAUUAUAUGAAGGUGACGAUCCUCAUGGGGAUGGAUAGUUUCCAGAAUUUGCCCAUUUCCAAGCCAGUAUGGUAGCUGACUUUGGGGCCACUGAGUGGACCACUGUAGAAAGCUAUGAUUCUUGUUUUUUAUUUUUUACAUUAUUUUCAGGGAUGUGUGUCCCAUCGAAGUCUCAUUAUGGAGGAGCAGAAUUUUCCUGGGACACCUAUGGCAGGGCUGCCAGAUACCUAAACUGCUCUCACUCUCAUUUCCAGACCAAGGGCCUCCUGUGGCCUGUAGGGAGCUAUGGGCAAGCACAGCAAACCUCUCUGAGGCCAAGGAAGUUCAGGUAUGAGCUGUACACGAGGCUGCCCUGGCUCAUCCUCUCCCUUCAGUCCUCACUGGGUGUCUUCUCACCCUGCCCUCUGCCAGCUCCACUGCUUUUCCUGCUGGAUUUCAUUGCUUGUGUAAGAAAAAUAUGGAAGGAGUCCAGCCACACAGUGGGUUAUUUCUAGCCUUUCACAGACUGACUAAAUGCCGAAGGGGUCUGUAUCUAGAAAUCUUUUAUUACUCUAAGUUGAACAGUUUAAUGAUUGGCCAUUUGAAUUCAGACUUGAGACUCCAUUAGUAUUUAUGACUUUGGCCUUCUUAUUGAGAACUGUGUCCAACUUUGAAAUGCCAAAGCGGGACCCUUUGUUCUUUGAUCCUGCUGUGAGUUAAGAAAUUCUGUAUUUCUUCAGAUAUAUUUCAUUUUGUGUAAUAAAGUCAAGGGUCAGAGUGACUCAGUGUUCCAUGAGUUAAGUGUCUUUGUAGAAUGAACAGUAAACUUAUUUCCUAAUAA